AUGUCGAAUUCAGGGGUAUGGGGUGACGUUCCACCUGGGGUGGACCUUGCCGAGGACCAAAACGAGGCUAUCAUCGGUUCAGUUAUCGCCAUCAUGGUCAUCGGACUUGCCGCCGUCAUCUUACGUCUGUUCACGCGACUAAUGAAGGCGGGACCGGGGUUGGCUGUCGAUGACUACGUGAUCAUGUUUGCAGCGGUCAUGGGGAUUGGGACGGCCGUGUGCUGUCUCAUCAGCGUUCCCUAUGGCGGAGGGAAGCACCUCUGGGUUGUGACGGCGGACGAGUUCACAAAGCUCUACCAAACGACUUACGCUUUUGUCAUCGUCUACAUCACCUGCAUCUCGGCAACCAAGGUCUCCAUCUUGCUGUUUUACCGCCGCAUAUUUGGCACCGGUGUGAUAUGGUACAUCGUGUUUGGCUUGGCUUGUGCCCACUGGGCCGAGGUCACCAUCACAUGGCUCGCAGGGUGCCGGCCGAUCAGCUACUACUGGAGGCAGUACACCGAUCCGACUGCCACGGGAACAUGUAUCGACGCUCCGCUGUUCUACUUUUGCAAUGGGGUGAUUGGCUUGGUGAUUGAUGUGGCCAUCUUGUUGGUCCCGAUCCCAACGAGUAAUCUGGAGCCUGCGCUUGCCAACCACCAAAAAGAUCUUUAUUGGCGGGAUCCUUCUCAUCGGCGGUUUGUGCGUCUCCAACCUCGUCUCUUCCCCUUGUCCUUGUCCCUUGAUAUUCCAGGGGUUCAAAGGCUAAUCAAUGACUGGUCCGGUAUCUACAGUGUCUGCGUCGCCUCGGCCGUCCGCAUCGUGAUGAUGGAUCAGCUCGUGAAGUCACCCGACUUCACAUGGUCCAUGGCCAAGGUCUUCAUCUGGUCCUGUUGCGAGCCGUUCAUUGGCAUCGUGUGCGCCUGCCUGCCCACCUACGCACCCCUUGUCCGGCGCUUGUGGCGCCGACAUGAUGGCCACACCAAUUCCAACACGCCCGAGAUGUACGCUUCCGAAAAGUCCAAGACGGCCAAGCGACCGAAUUGGAGCACCAGCAGCUGGAAGCACCGCACAGUGUUGCGCGGGGAGGAUGAGCUGGAGUUGACGGUGAAUACAGCCAUUGGGACGGGAUCUGCGGAGGAGAAGAAGUCAAAGUUGGGCGGCCUAUCAGACUGGAAGAAGGGUGAUUCAGAACUUGACCCAAACGAGAUCAGGGUGACGAGGGACUUCUACUGGAGCGAUAGCCCUUGA